AUGGGCCCCUGUCUUGUUUCGGGGGCGAUUUCCACUGAGCUUCUAGAAGGCGUUUACGGGUGGCCAAAGCUCAUUGGCUCGUCACAGGGAGGCCCCGCCGCAGCCAAAAAUGACAAGGGCCAGUUCCCCAGUGACCACAUGACUUUGACUAAAGAGAGCGCGAAAGAAGCAACAGCCCGUCUAGCGUUGGCAGAGACGCUGUCGUGCACUUGCCGGCCACGUUUUUGUCGGUAA